AGAAUUAUGUCCUUUUCAAACCAUUCUCUUGUCACUCAAUUCAUCAUUAUAGGUUUUCCUGAUACCAAUGGUGCACAAGGUCUGUUCUUUGUCCUUUUGAGCAUAAUCUAUGUCUUCACAAUUAGCGGUAAUGCUACAGUAAUCACUCUCAUCUGCAGUUAUCAUCAACUCCAUGUUCCCCUCUACCUUUUUGUAGCUAUACUUUCCUUCCUGGAGAUAUGGUACACAGCCGUUACUAUUCCCAAAAUGCUGACAAAUUUGUUGAAUGAGAAGUUGAUCUCCUAUAUUGGCUGUAUGCUGCAAAUCUAUUUUCUUCAUUGUUUAGGUAUCACAGAAACCUUUCUUCUUACAGCAAUGGCCUUUGACCGCUAUAUAGCCAUAUGCAAUCCACUAAGGUACCCAACCAUAAUGACUAUUCCAUGCUGUUUUAAGCUGGUGGCUUGUUGCUGGGUCAUAGGAUUUCUUGGACCCUUAACCCAAAUCAUUUUGCUGUCUCACCUUUCCUUCUGUGGUUCAAACAAAGUUGAGCAUAUCUUCUGUGACUUUAUUCCACUGAUGAACUUGGCAUGUUCUGACACUUCACUCAAUGUCACAGUGGAUUUUGCCAUCAACUCAUUCCUUCUGUUCCUUGCCUUCACCUGCAUUAUCCUGUCCUACAUCAAAAUCAUUUUUGCAGUGUUACAAAUAAGAACUGCUGAGGGCAGGAGUAAGGCUUUUUCCACUUGUGGCGCUCAUCUCACUGUGGUCUUACUUUUCUUUGGUAGUGUGGGUUUUAUGUACGUUAGACUGACCAAACAGAGCUCUGUCAACUAUGACCGUGUGAUGGCUGUAAUUUACUCUGUCCUAACACCAAUGUGUAAUCCAAUCAUAUACAGCCUGCGGAAUAGAGAAAUAAGGGAAAUACUCAGGAGAAGAUUAACUGCUUUAUUUUAG